UUGAGUCCCUAAAGAGAACGUUUGGCCUCCCGCUGUUGGGCAAAGUUGACAGUGGGUUUCUGAGCUUGCCUUGUGCUGGAAAAAUGGGGACAUGUGGCUCUCCGGGUGCCAGCAGUGCCUUGUGAAGCCAUGUGGAGGCCAGCGAGAAGCGGGGCAGCUAGGUGGAUGGCAUCUUGUGGAGGGAGCGUCACGCCAGGGUUGGGGAUCCUGGGUGUGACGUCCCCCUUUUGUCACCACAGGCAAGCUGCUUGACCACUUUGCCUUAGUUUUACCGCUUGGGAAAUGGGCAUGGUAGAAUCAAGAAGGAUGUUGAAUUAGGAACCAGAGGAGGUGGAGUUAGGAGAAUAAGUGCUGCAGCCCACCUCUCACUGUGGCCAAUACAUUUCAACCGAAAACUCGCUCUACCCAAACAGGCCCAUUGCCGCUGAGUUCAGACCGACCUUGAGAGAUCGUCUAGUGGGGCUUGACCCAUCUAUAAAAUGAAGGUGUCUUACACCUGAAGCUCUUGAGGCAGUUAAAAUGUGCAUGACUUAUUUUGAAGUCUGCAGGGAGGGACCGAGAUGCUUCUCUUCUGAAUUUGUGGGAGGAGUGGCAGAGGCAAUCCUUAGAGGAGCCGGGAGACCCGCCUACUCACUGUCUCUUGAUCUUUAGGACUCAAGAAGGGUCUAGUGAGUAACAGGCCUCUUAGGGAGGCUGGGCUGUGUCCUCACUACCUCCAGUCUGAAGACGUUCCCCAUGAGCUCAUUGCUGUUUGUUUCCAGAACUUUCCAUGUCAUUCAGUAUAACCCAGGGGCUUGUAAACUCAAAUGCCCACACUGGGUGGAGACGGAGUUUGCUGGAGGCCCUGGCUGCUCACUCCAGCUCAUUGGGCCUGGUGGCAGUGAGGCCCCUGUGUCACUAGAUCUUCCCCUGUUCUGAGCGAGUGUGAUGCCUGAAUAUUUCUGUGAAAGUUCCCAUCUUCUAAAUGGUGGCUACUGGCUCCACCUUUGUGGGUGGGCUGGGACUGAGACUUAUGAGUAUAAUAUGUUGUUAGCUUCCUCGAGUUGGCCCCUGACUUAGGGUGACCCCAUGCACAAUGGGAUCGAACUGUUGUGAUCCAUAGGGUUUUCGCUGGCUGAUUUUUUGGCAGUAGAUCACCAGGCUUUGCUUCCUCAUCUGCCUUAGUCUGGAAGCUCCGCUGAAACUUGUUCAGCAUUAUAGCAACGUGAAAGCCUCCACUGACAGAUGGGUGGUGGCUGCAUACGAGGUGCCUUGGUCGGGAAUCCAACCGAAGUCUCCUGCGUGGAAGUGGAGGAUUCUGCCAUCGAACCACCGCUGCCCCCGGGAGUGUGAAAUGCGUACGGCUAAUGGCUGGAACAGUGUUGUGUAGUCAGGGCCUGCCGGAUCACCCUUCUAAGGGUUGUCUGAGAGCUGGAGGUCAGAGGUCUCAGCUGGAGAAUCAGCCCAUAACCAGCUGGCCUUGUUCUUAGGUCCUCCUGACUGAACCCUUGAGACUCCAGAACCUGCAGGUGAGGAGGCCAUGAGGAAUUCCUAAGUUCCGCAGCUCUGGCCCUGAGGACACGAGUGAAAAUGAUACCUGGGACAACCAUUGAGCCCUGGACCAGGGCGCAGAGAGCCACCAGCACAGAAGGGCUGCCGUGGGUCAGGGAGUGGGGGCUGGAGAAUUUGGUAAAGACAAGAAUGGUUCUUACCUUAAUGAGUGUCUGAGGAUUGGGUUUGUUUUCGUUUUGUGUCUUUGCUCUCCCAGAGCCUGAGCACCUUGGUAAAGGGAGGUGGGUUGGAAGGAGAGUGUAGGGUAUGGUCUAGGCACCCAGACGCCGGAUCCCGGUUAUGUAGAACUGGCUAGUACUGGUGACUGCUGGUGCCAGGAGCCCCGGCCUGGGAUGCUGGGAGGAGAGGGCAGUCAUCAGUGGAAGCCGUGAGUGUGACCAUGCAGAGUCAGAACCUGGUUCUAGGGGCCGGGUUCUGAGGAGCCUGGUGCCCGGGAGAGGGCAGUCUAAGUAGGGGAGGUGUGUGUGUCACGCAUUGCCAACUUUGGGGUGAAUUCUCGCUGCCUACAAAGCACUGCGAUUACUCAGACCACCAGGUAGAUGGUACAGGGAUUUUUGCCACAGGGAGUUCAAGGCAGUCCCACACAACCAGGUGUGGGAUUUAGAUUCCAGAGAAAGAUUAUCAAAGAGAAAAGUCUUUGGAGACGUCAGUCAUGCUUAGGAGUGAAUAGGGGUCCUGAGAUCCAGAAGUUUGAGAUCAGCUGCUCCAGGCUGUACUGUCUUGUAUGUAGCAUCUAGCGUGGAACUCAGGGGUCCACUGGCCUGGGGAAUCGCGGCUCUGCUUGGGGCUCUCCUGAUGCAGGUGUUUGAGCGCCAGUCCUGAGCCUGCUAGGAGCUUUUGCAGAUGGAACAGCUGCAAAUUUGUGUGUGCCUGGCCAGUUGCCCACAGCUGAAGGCUCUGUCUCGGCUCAGGAGUAUCGGCUGCGCUCAGCCCCGACUGCAGGGGCGGACACCCUGUUCUGUGGUGGGCCCCUCCCUGAGCGGAGCCAUCUGGGUUCUAGAGGCCUUAGUGAUAGUCAGCAGCACUUGCUGAGCACCUUCUCUGGGCCAGGCCUGGCGCUAAGCCAGCGGAGUCCCUGGGUGGUGCAAAUGGUUAACACGCUGGACUGCUAACUGAAAGGUUGGUGGUUCGAGUCUACCCAGAGCUGUCUUGGAAGAAAGGCUUGGCGAUAAAUCAGCCAUUGAAAACCCUUUGGAGCACAGUCCUACUCUGAUGCGCAUGGGGUUGCCAUGAGUGGGAGUGGCUUUUUGCCUGCAUUAUCUUGUUGAACGCUCACACCCACCCUGUGAGGGAGGUGCUAUGGUUAUACCCGUUUUACAGAUGAAGAGCCCAGGGCCUCGGGGAGCUUCAGUAACUUGUGGGAAGUCGCCCAGCCGGUUAGUGGCAGGGUGGGACUCAGAUUCACUUGUGUGAGGUCGCCCAGCUGGUUAGUGGCAGGAACCUGCAGGGUGUUGCUCUCCUUGUCCUGCACAUCUUGCUUGUCCUGCUGGAGCUGACUGGUUUGCAGUGAGACAUCAAACAAAACAAAACAAAACAAAAUUUUGUUGCCGUUGAGUUGAUCCCAACUUCGAGUGACCCCAUGUGAUGCAGUAGAAGUGCUCCAUAGGACUUUUUUUGCCUGUCAUUUUUAUGGAAGUGGAUCACCUUUCUUCUGCAGUGCCACUGGGAAAGAUGGAGACACUGAAAGACAAGACCUUGGAGGAGCUGGAGCAAAUGCAGAAUGACCCGGAGGCCAUUGACCGGCUGGCCUUGGAAUCCCCCGAGGUCCAGGACCUGCAGCUGGAACGGGAGAUGGCACUGGCCACGAACCGGAGCCUGGCCGAGCAGAACCUGGAGUUCCAGGCUCCCCUGGAGAUCAGCCGCUCAAACCUGUCGGACAAGUACCAGGAGCUCCGGAGGCUCGUGGAGCGGUGCCAGGAGCAGAAGGCAAAGCUGGAGAAAUUUUCAUCGACACUGCAGCCAGAAACCCUGUUAGGGCUUCUACAAGUUGAAGGCAUGAAGAUUGAAGAAGAGUCUGAGGCCAUGGCCGAGAAGUUCCUGGAAGGCGAGGUGCCCUUGGAAACAUUUCUGGAGAACUUUUCCUCCAUGAGGAUGCUGUCCCAUCUGCGCCGGGUUCGUGUGGAGAAGCUCCAGGACGUGGUGAGGAAGCCGAGGGCUUCCCAGGAGCCGGCUGGGGAUGCCCUGCCGCCCCGACCGCCACCCCCGCCUCGCCCAGCCCCCCAGGCGACACCCCCUGUGGCCGAGGAGCUGCAGCAGCCAACACAGUCGCCAUCUGUCAUGCCUCCCUACCCCCUGCCCUACAGCCCAUCUCCAGGCAUGCCUGUGGGCCCCACCACCCAAGGAGCACGGCAGCCGGCCCCCUUCCCGGUGGUCUCCCAGCCCUCGUUUUCCUACAGUGUGCCUUUGGGCCCCACGUUCCCACCAGCCCAGCCGGGAGCCAGGCCUGCCCGGGGCUACUCCUGGUCCCCACAGAGGAGCUUGCCACCCCGGCCAGGCUAUCCCAUGGCCCCUGCUGGUGGCUCUGCAUCUGGGUACUCCGUGGCUGGAGGCCGGGCCCCCGGUCCUGGUUAUCCUCAGCAGCAGCCACCCUACCUCUCAGCAGGAGGUAAACCUCCGUACCCCACGCAGCCCCCGCUCCUGAGCUUCCCAGGACAGCCCCAGCCCUCAGGUGCCCCCCAGCCCCCCUACCCGCCGGGGCCUGCUCCUCCCUAUGGAUUUCCACCACCUCAGGGUCCUGCCUGGCCUGGGUAUUAAACAUCAUCCUGGCCCUUGGCCUCUCCCUACUUAUACUUCCACCACAGCCUUUGGCCCCUCCAUCACUGAAGUUCAAGGUUCCUGGAGGGCGAGGUGCCCUUGGAAGUGGAAUUGGCACUCCCUGUGGACUGCUAUGGUGUACCGGAGAGCCUGGGAGGGACCUGGCCUGGCACACGUAGCCCCUGAGAGGCACUCACAGCACUUACUGGCCUUUGGCCACAGGUGUUCCCGGGAGCUCCUGUUGGUGACUGGCUUUAGCUUCCGCAGCCACUCUGGUGCUGCCAGGCGGGAGUUCACCUCUCUGUGGGCAUCUGUGUGAACGCGUGCGUGAUUGUGACUCAGACCUGCACUUGCGGGCAUCUGAACCAAUGUGGUAUCUCAGUGCUACCAUAGCCCUGGGUCUCUGGCCCUCUAUUCACCCUUCGCCCCCUCCCCUGGGGUCUGGCAAAUUCUACCUGGUGCCCACGCCAAGGGGUGCAGCUCCUUGUGUCUGUCUAGUCCCGUCAAGGACAGCCUGUCCCCCGCACCACUGUGAGGGCUGGAUUAGAGGAAGAGGACGGAGUGAAGAUGACCAAUAAUUUAUAGGUCUCAUAAAGCCAUAAUUUAACUCUAAUAGUCUGAAGUCAGAUAAGCUUGUCCCAUGUCUACCCCUUUAGUGCCUUGAAUCUCAUUCUCCAGCAGCCCGCUACCUUCAUCCGCCCCUCCAGCUGCCUGACGUCAUCCCCCAGUCUCCCUAAGACAUCAGGAGAUGCCCCAACAAUAACAUCCAAAUGGUGCUUUCUAGAACACCACCAUGUAUGUUCGAGUCAGCUUCUUUGCAUCUCAUCUUAGGAAUGUAUGGUCCAAAGGGUAGGGGUUGCAACUCAGGCAGCCUCCAGCACGCGUGGGUUUUAAGCAUGUCCCGGAAUAAAAGUGGUCACAGGAGACCGAAGCAGGUCUAAUAAAGGAAGCAUUAACUCGGUGGUUCAGAUGUGAACUGGGUCUUGAGGGCAGACCCUGGAGCUGCUACCGGGCAGGAAGCUGUGCCUUGAAAUGUCCACUGCUGGCUUGUCCAGCAUCUGGUGGGCCUGGAAGUGCUGGGGGCCAACCUUGACCUUCUGGUGCCUGCCCCCCACCCAUCCAUGUGUAUGCGCCAUAAGGUGCCAGGUGUUGGUUCUUUACCAAUUGUGCUUGCUUCUUGUGAGUUAUUUAUAAAGAAAAGUCAUUGAUGGACUGCACUGGCCAAAUGCUUCCGGAUGUGUGAUUGCCCGGACGUCUGUAUGGUUAAUUGCCGUAAUAAACUUUGAUGAAGUACA